AAAACAGGAUACUAGAUUUCGACCCUGAGUCUCGACCAUGAUCCCUGAAUUGCGACGUCAUUAAUAAAUCCAGCAAUGACAGCUCCAAACACCGCCACAUGUUGGCAAUUCAACCCCACCUCCUCUAUGAUACCGUCCCAUCUCCUAUCUCUAUUCGGGAUCAAGUUUCCAACUCACCUAACCCUCAAAGUACUUCUUCUAGACUUACCAAAACCUCCAUUCCACCGCAACCGAAACCUCGCAAAUGGACUCACUCAAGAACACAACCGGAAUGGGCAAAGCCGAGCCUACGGAACAACAAACCAAAGACGAAUAUAACAACCUCUCCGCCGAACAAAAGAAAAAGCAAACAUACAGCGAGUGGGUGAAGGAGAACUACAACUACCAGUACGAGAGAUGGAUGCCCUGGAUCGAGGACCAGUAUCUCAAGUGGUUUGGGAAGGGAGAUAAUAAGGCUUCUUAUGCUACGAAAGAGCAACUCAAUAAGACGAAAAUCACGGGCAUCAAACAAGUCGACCAAAUCCAAGACGACGUUAACAACCUCGUCGGCAAUCAACUUGGCUCCAACGGGCUCCUAGCCCCGGUCGGCAACAUGGUGUCUAAGGAAGGUGUUAAUCGUGCCGAGAGAGGAGGCAAAGAUGACAAGGGGACGUAUGGAGGACCAGUUGCCGGGUAUAGUGACCCCGUUCUGGAGAAGGGGCAGGCUGCCGGACAAGGCGUGGCUGGUGGUGCGCAGAAAGUUGGCAGCGGAGUUCUAGAUGGAGCUAAGGGUGCGGGUGGAUAUCUUGGUAGGUUGGCUGGUGGGGGGAAGAAGUAAAGUCUAGGGGAGAAGGGGAGAGGUGAAUGUUACGACGGUCCGUACGGGAAUAUUUGGUCCUUUGUAAAUAACGUUCGGACCCUGACGGUUGGAAGUAAGCAAUUCGCGGGAAGGCGUUGAUAGUGAAAUUGAUACCUUUGUUUCCGUCAACUCUUAUGAUUGUCUGGUUUCUACUUGCCC